CGACGUCUAUUGUAGACGGACGGUCAUGGUGGUGUAACUUUUAUUUCCGCAGCUGCAAGAGGGUCACGUUUGUAGUAAAAACCUGGGAAGAGUUCAUUCAUUUCUUGUAAACCACUUCAGCAACUGUUUUCAUAAGGAUUGAAGAUGCUGAGAACGGUGGUGUGCCGGGCAGGCAGCGGUCUUUUAAAGCAUUCACGGCAAACCGUGCCAGCGUUUUGGGGCACUCGAGCCCAACAGCGAUGGGCUUCCAGCCUCCCGAUGAACACAGUUAUUCUGUUCGUACCCCAGCAGGAAGCUUGGGUAGUGGAAAGAAUGGGGCGCUUCCACCGAAUCCUGGAACCGGGUCUUAACUUCUUAAUCCCAAUCUUGGACAGAGUUAAAUAUGUUCAAAGCCUCAAAGAAAUCGUCAUCGAUGUGCCAGAACAGUCAGCAGUUUCCCUCGACAAUGUGACACUACAGAUAGAUGGAGUUCUGUAUCUCAGGAUACUGGACCCUUUUAAGGCCAGCUAUGGAGUGGAAGACCCAGAAUAUGCCGUUACUCAGCUGGCACAAACCACAAUGAGAUCAGAAUUGGGAAAACUCACCCUUGACAAAGUGUUUAGGGAAAGAGAGUCCUUGAACGCCAAUAUGGUCCACUCUAUAAACCAGGCGUCAGAUGAAUGGGGGAUCCGAUGUCUUCGUUACGAGAUCAAAGACAUUCAUGUCCCUCCGCGGGUUAAAGAGUCUAUGCAAAUGCAGGUUGAGGCAGAGCGGAGGAAGAGAGCCACUGUUCUGGAGUCAGAAGGAACCAGGGAGGCGGCUAUUAAUGUGGCAGAGGGUCGUAAGCAAGCUCAGAUCCUGGCAUCUGAGGGAGAGCGGGCUGAACAGAUCAACAAAGCAGCUGGUGAAGCAAAUGCUGUUUUGGCCAAAGCGGAAGCCAAAGCCAAAGCUAUCAAGCUGCUGUCUGAGGCGCUUACUCAACAGAAUGGAAACGCUGCAGCGUCUUUAACGGUGGCUGAACAGUACGUCUCCGCUUUCUCCAACCUGGCCAAAGAGUCCAACACAAUCCUACUGCCCUCAAAUACAGGAGAUAUCAGCAGCAUGGUUUCUCAGGCCAUGACUAUUUAUGGGAGUUUAGCUAAGACGCAAGGUCUGAGCACAGUGGAGAAGACGACCCCAGAGACGACAGAGAUGCUGUUGGACAGGAACGAUGCUUCUGAAAAUGAAACUAGACACAAUGUUUGAUUCAGAACCAGAUAAACGCAAGCUUAUGAAUUAUGGCACUUGGAUAUUAGAGACUGUACUUCAGAAGUUCUGGUAAUUGAAAAAAAGAUGUGAGAAGAUAAAUAAGGAUUUUACUGUGUGUGUGAUCUUCUGUUCCUCUGUUGUUUCCAUUAUAUUAAUAAUAAAUGUGGGAUAUUUUGUUUUUCCUUA